AGCACGCGUGGGCAUAGUGCACAUGACGUAUGAGGAAAUGAAGAAGAAAAUACUCAAAAUAGUGUGCGAAGAGAGAGAGGAAAGUGAAGCUAAGAAAGUCGGUUUAUGAUUUGUGAAAGAAGCUAAACGGGGGUGAAUUCUGUGAGCGGUUUCUACAUCCAUGUCUAACUACGGCAGAUACGAUCCCCAUUCGCCCUACGCUCCUUCAGCACCAUCCCUACCUGAAAACCACCCUCCCUAUUCCACUUCUUCUUCUUCCGCUGCUCCUCCUCCUCCUCCUUCAAAUUACCAAUAUGCCCCUCACACCGCUACUCCACCUCCGCCACCUUCAACCUACAACACCUAUGGCACCAACGCUACUGCUGCUGCUGCCACUGCUUAUGAUCAUGGUUCCACCUACCACGGGGCUGGGACUGCAUAUGGCCAAGCUCCAUCAUCUGCGUAUCCUCCUCCUUCUUCGUCUUCACAUGGCUACUCCGCUUUCCCACCAGGGACGCACCCCGAUGUCAUUAGGAGCUUUCAGAUGGCCGACACAGAUCGAAGCGGCUUCAUCGAUGAGGCGGAGUUGCAGCGGGCUCUUUCUUCUGGAUACCAGAAAUUCAACAUUAGAACUAUCCGUCUCCUCAUGUUUCUCUUCAAGGAUCCUACUCAGCCUCCGAGAAUUGGGCCAAAGGAAUUUGCAGAAAUCUGGAAUUGCAUUGCUCAUUGGCGAGGCAUAUUUGAGAGAUAUGAUAAAGAUAGAAGUGGGAAGAUUGAUCCACUAGAGCUAAGAGAUGCUCUGUAUGGUAUUGGCUAUGCAAUACCAGGCACAGUUCUACAGCUGCUGCUUGCCCAGUAUGGUGAUGGAAAUGUUAAGAGGGUUGAACUCGGAUUUGAUAGUUUUGUUGAGUGCGGGGUAAUUGUCAAGGUAAAACACGCCAAGCUUUUUGAAGCUUUGAACCUGGUCUGACUGAAAAGUUUAAGGAGAAGGACAAACGUUAUAUUGGUUCAGCCAAACUUUCAUACGAUGAGUUUAUGGCUAUGGUCAUUCCAUUCCUUGUAGCAUAUGAUGAUUGAGAAGCUUGUGAUGUGCUGCUCUUCAAGAGUUGUUAGUUUUUCUUCUCCAAUAGAAUGUUUUACAAGUUUGAUAGUCGAGGAAUUUCUUAAAGGUGUAAUGCUUUGUUAUAUAGAUAUUGUUCGGAACAAGUUAGUUUCAGCUGUAAUAGUAUAAUAGAUAAUCCGCAAGUAUAAGUAAAAUCCUCUUGUAUAUUCGAAUUUUUUAUUUGUUUCAAAGUCAAUAUUAACUUAUUAACAUCAUUUCUAAUCGAAA